CGUGCUUCAACCAUUGACACAACGAAGUGGGCUUAAUUCACAGUGCUAUAAGUUGAUGCCAGCGGUUCGGAAAAAAGUUUGACUGCAUCGCAAUAACACUGCCGCGUAUUGACGCAUUUUAUAGUGAUGAUGACGGAGAUUCACACAUGUUUCCGCGAGAGUUUGGACUGCGUCGUGCGACCGAAAAGAGCAAGGAUUGAACCUCAGAAGUACACUGAUAUUGGGAAUGGGAUUAUCCCACAGAAGAGAUUGGAGUUGCAUGGUAUACUCGAAGUAUUGAAAGAAUACGAUUCUUGUGCAGGGGGAAUAAACUGUUGUAUAUGUGGAAAAUUAUACAAAAGUAAAGUGUGCUUCACCAAACACUUGUGGGAACAUAGUGUGUAUUGGGACUUAUUCGAUGGAGCUAAAAAUCACGACAGAGUACUUUCAAUCCAGGCUGCCCUGAUUCUUUACCAGAAUUCUUUCACUGACUUUGAGGAGAGCGUUUUGCCAGUGUUGUUGGUGACGUCACCGCACGAUAAAAAGUCGCGACAUGAAACAGAAAAUACCGAAAGUCCGAGCAGUCCUAAAAUAAAGCAAGAAAAACAUUUGAAGAAGUUCAGCUCUCCCAACAAGAAGAGGAAAAGGCAUUGUUCUAUGGAAUAUUAGCACGUAUUUUUUUUUUUGCUAAGCUUUCUUAACCGCUUAGACGUUAUUUGCAAAUUUGGAGUUAUUUACAUUUGAAAAAGGGAAGUGAAAACUUGAUGUUUUGUUCAACAUUACUUGAUUUUCAAAAUAUCUUCUGAAAUAUUUGCUAUGAUUACUGCCAAGAUUUGAAGUUUCCUGCCAAUAUUCUCUACAAAAAACAUUUAAUUGUAUAAAAACGUUUAUUCGAUAUAAACAUUGAGUGAAAUAGUAUGAAGUUAGUUAUAUUUUUGUGAUGGGCAAAGACCUAUCAGUGUUUUUCAGUGUGGAAGGGGUAUAUACAAAUUUGAUUAAUCGCCAUGUAAAAUAAUGUCGACCAAAUUAUUUUAAAAUCAGUGUUACUAUUUGUUUUAUUCACUUUUUCACUUUCACAUGAAAUUUGUUUUUAUUUCGAACAGUGUCUGUAUAAGUAAGACUUUAAAAUUGAAAAAUUCAACAUGAUUACGGAGGGCUAUUGUUGAAAAGAAAUUUAAUGAUUUUGGAAGAACUAGCUUGGAUAUGUUGACAAUUUAGUGUUUGCAAGCACUGUUAUAUUACUAUAUGCCCCCCUAAACCAUGUGUAUUAAGACCACAUUCCAAUGGUAGAAACCCUCAUAUAUCUUUGUUGACCUUUGACCUGUAUUUGGAGGUCACCUCAAUUUUCAGCUGUUCUUGUAAGGUCAUGACAGUGAUUAAUUGAUCCACACUUGAUAGGGACUAACCAUGAUGGUUAUAUGGGUGUGUGCCUCAUUUUAGGGGCUGGCCAAUUGUGUUGGGUGGGAUGGGGGUUGCUUAUCCAACUGACUGGGACUGUACGUUGAUACUAGUUUUCUCAUGCUAAAAACCACUUUUAAAAGUAAAAGAUAAAAAGUGAAUUUAUUCUUUCAACAGACUAUAUUCUAAAUUGUGUAAAUUUAUACUUAGGUAGGUCCAAGUUAAAACAAGCUGCCAUUGAAUAAACUGCCAAAUUAUUUGUACUGUA